AUGUACAUGGUUACUAAUUUUGGAGUUGCUUUGAAUACCAUUAAGUUCAAGCUUACUACACACGAAUUUAGAAUCCACUUCAAGAGGGACACGAUUGUGCAUCCGGUACAAGAUUCUUCAGUUCCAUUGAACGGAUUCAAUUUUGUUCCGUUCAAAAAAAUUCAUGCAGUGUCUAAAGAAAAUGGUUAUUUAGUUGGCAAGGGUGGACAGAAAUUAAGGAUAACGUUGUGGCAGUCUUUUGCUUUUGAUUUGCUCAAAUAUCUGGAGAAACACCCGUGUCUUACCUAUGUGGUUAUUCUCCAAAUGGGCAAGAUGAAAUUUUAUAGUGGGGUCAUGGGUGUGUCCAACACAAAAUACAAUUCAAAACUAUUUAUUAAUGUUGAGGUAACUUUUAGCUGCCAGGGAUUUCUUUGCAAGGUACAGUGUAUAGAUCAAGUGAACAAAUUGGAUCCUGUUGAUAGACAAGGCAUAAUGUCGCUGGUCUGUGAUCAACUUGUUUCAGUUGAGGAAGAUUUUUUGCGUUUGUCAAUCUACAAAACAAUUACCGAGAUAAAGGAGCAUAAUCAGGAUGCUGUAUUUGUUACUGCCGGGACGAUUAAAGAAGUUGAGAUCGAGUUUGGUUGGUGGUACAAAGGAUGUAAGAAGUGUCGUCGUGGCUUAAGGGAACUUGAGAAAAGAUAUUUCUGUCCCAAUUGUAUUAAAGACUACGGGUUUUAUGUGUCAAGAAAUUCUACUAUAAAUAGGAAGCAAAAAAGACAAUCUUCCUUUGUUGUUACUUCGGUGACUAUUAAUUUAGCACAACUUUAUGAAGAUAUACACUUAUCGAUUGUUAAGGUGCACCCACCAAGCGGUGACACACAAAGUGGCCAAAAUAUUGAUCCUUUUGUUGAUUAUGAAGUUGUUAAUGCUUAUGAUAAUUCAAUGUUGAAUGUGGGUUUAGAAUAUUGUUUUAUACCAUCUUCAGAAACUUUAGACGUUAUACUAAAUUGUGUCGGUAUGACAACUGAGUAUCUAAAGAGAGUUCAUUCAGCAGAACUUUUGCUCAAGUUCGGGUGCCACAUAAAUGUGGGAUACACAUGCCAAACAAUUUCUAUUAAGUAUCUUAAGUAUGUACACAAGAGUAAUGAUUGCAUAACAGCUACCCUAUACAACGCUGGUGAUUCGUCAGAAGCCACACAAGUUGUUGACGAAAUUAGAAAUUACUACGAUUGUAGGUACACUUCGACAUGUGAGGUAGUCUGUCAUUUAUUUGGAUACGAAAUCCAAGGGAAAGAACCAUUUGUGAUUAGACUUCCAUUCCAUUUGGAGGAUGAGCAACUUAUGGUUUAUAGUGAAACUUCUAAUGUAAAUGAUAUCGUCGAAAGAGCAGUAUUUCAUAAGUCUAUAUUUUUGGGAUGGAUGGCGGCAAACAUGUCAUAUCCCUAUGCUCGAAAUCUGACUUAUGCUGAAUUUUCAACCAAGUUUAUUUGGAAGGACGAUGCUUCAAGGUGGUUUCCUCAAAAGCAAGGCUUUGUAACUGGAAGGUUGACUCAUGUACCUGCAGAGUUAACCAUGUCAGAUGAUGAGAUUAAGCAGUUGUGCUUGAUGGAUAUAGACAAGAUCUUACAUUCCUAUGGUAAAACCUUGAAAGACUAUCCUCCUAUGCCUUUAGCAACUGAAGUUGAUAGUUUUUUGUUAACCGAAAGGGUUAUCAGGGAAGAGAUAAACUUUAACAGGGACGAGUUAAAGAAAAAUGUCUCAGACAUGUUAACCAUCACAAUACCUGAGUAG